AAUUAAGUUUACUACAAUUUUACUCGCUCAACCAAAUUUCCAUCGGAUGCCAAUUUCACCCAAGGAUCUACAUCCAAAUCAAAACUCUCAAAUACCUCACUCGCCACUGUUCCAUCAAGAUUAGUUCCAAAAAAUCGUAAAAAUUCUACGUCUUCGAUCGAAGGUCCCUACUACUCAUCCCCGCUACCCUCAUCCCAACCAACAACCUCCAUCCACCUCCCAACCCUCGAAAACGCCUCUGUCACCCCGUCGGUCAACAAAUUUUCGCCAGCGACAAUAAUAAUUCCUCCGUCUACCUGAAAUCGGAGUACUCCUACCGCAGGACAGGUAGGCAUUAUCGAUACGCCACCGUGGGUAAAUAUUAUCAAACGGGGAUUCGAGACGAGCGAGUGGGACGAGGACCGGCGCACGCUCGUUCUACGAACGGAGAGCAAUAGAAAUAGAAGCGCGCUGGAUGGAGGAAGAGAGUUAGACCGAUAGGAACCUCCGAGCGGGAUAGAAGACACGAAGUAGCGAAGAAGGGGAGGGAGGGGGAGGUACGAAGUGAUUGCAAGAGAGGCAGAAAAUGUGCCCGCUUGAUAACAGCAACGCGAACCGAGGUACCAUAGGUGCAUCACAGUUCUCCGCGUCGUGAUCCUCUCGUCGUCCGAUCGGCUGUCUUCAGGGUCGAUAGUGGGGAUCCGCAGGAGGACCACCGUCUUUGUCGCGCUGCGGAAGACCGACUAAUUCCAGUUGGGACGGGAUAACGUACGUUUUCGGACACGAGAUUCGCGUUUCGUUCGCCGGAAAUCGCGCCCGCAGCCACCGCCGCGUUAAACGAGACCCGCGUCCAUUCUCCGUGGACCACGAGCAAGUUUCCGGGGGGAUCGCAGUUCCAGCGGGAUCUUGGAAACUAUCAGCUCUCGCUCUCGACCGACCCACGGUGACGGCGAAACGAUACGCGAACCAAGGUGAAGCACGAUCGAGUUUAACCACGCGGUAUCGAAACAUGGAGAACACGUGACCUAGGAACGGAGAUCGGAAGUCGAGCGGAACCAACACAGGGAGGAGGGCGGUUCGAAUUCAAGGAAAAGAGCGAUGCCAAGGGCCGCGAGGACGGCGGAGGUACAACAAAAACGUGCGACCAGCGAUUGAGGUCAGACAGAUCUCGCGGCUAACGGAGAGCGGGGGUUGUUUGGGAAGCUGCGUCGCAGACGAAGAUGAAGAAUAACACGAGCAACCACGAGAAGAACGGGCCGGAGAGCCUGAAGCUGUUGAGGGUUCCAUCGACGCCACCGACGACCCCGACGACGCCCACGACGCCUAGCUCCAGAGGCCUCGAGGACGUGUUCAGGGAGCUACCCAUCACGGACGACACCUCCUGCGGCAUCUGGUUCCUAAAAGGUCCCAACUUGCAGAGAUUCGCGAACAAGAAAGCCUACGUGUUCCUUUACGGUGUACUAGGGUGCAUAUUCUCGGCCAGUUACGCGUAUUUCAACGGCACCAUCACCACCAUCGAGAAGAGGUUCAAGAUACCCUCGAAGACCACAGGUCUUAUCACCGUGGGCAACGAUAUCUCGCAAUUGUUCGUAUCGGUGGUCCUGUCUUAUUACGCAGGAAGGGGUCACAGGCCUCGAUGGAUCGCGUUUGGCAUCUACACUGUUGUCCUAUUUUGCUGCAUGACGAUGCUGCCGCAUUUUUUGUACGGCCCUGGCGAGGACGCUCUUCUGCUCACGAAGGAAUACGGAGCGAAACCAAGGAGCCUGAACACGAGUCAGAUCCCUGACAAACAGCGAAAGUUCCUAUGCCUAGGGCAGGAGAACCGCGAAAAGGAGUGCGACGAGACGGACGGAAACUUCGCGCCCCAGGUGUUGCUGUUCAUAGCGCAGCUAGUGUCAGGUAUUGGCGGAUCGCUAUAUUAUACCCUGGGAGUGUCGUACAUGGACGAUAACAUACAGAAGUCGAAGACACCGGCGUUGAUCAGCUUCUCGUAUUUCCUAAGAAUGCUGGGGCCAGCCAUUGGUUACGGUCUGGCUUCGUUCGCCCUUAAGUUCUACAUCAGCCCAACUCUGACGCCCACCAUCACGACACAGGAUCCAAGAUGGUUGGGUGCCUGGUGGCUGGGAUGGAUCAUCCUGGCGAUUCUUCUGUUCGUCUUCGCGAGCAUAAUCGCGCUGUUCCCGAAGACGCUACCCAGGGCAGCAGCCCGCAAGGUGUUGGCCUCGGAGCGAAACAAGUCCGCGGCUAACUUAAAAGCGGACCAAGAACCAGAGUUGCCUGCCUCCUUCUUAGACAUGAUGAGGACGUUCAAGCGCCUGUUGACGAACACUACCCUGAUGUGCAACAACCUGGCGACUGUCUUCUACUUCAUGGGAUACAUGCCCUACUGGAUCUUCAUGCCUAAAUACAUCGAGACGCAGUACAAGCAGUCAGCCUCUGUCUCCUCGUUGAUCACUGGAACGGUCGGCCUGGUGUUCAGCGCCUUUGGGAUCCUCCUUUCCGGUUUAGUCAUCUCCAAGUACAAACCCAAAGCCAGAUACUUGGCCGCCUGGAACGUGAUGGUGGGGGCCAUAUCCGUGCUGGGAAUGAUUUCUUACGCUUUCCUCGGGUGCUCCGCCAACGAUAAUCAAAUCGCCGUUCAAUCGGACGGCGCACUGAAAACGCUCCUCCCGUGCAACGAGCAAUGCCACUGCGACUACGUUACUUACAACCCUGUCUGCUCGGAACAUGGUCAAACCUUCAUCUCAGCCUGUCACGCUGGAUGUCGAAACUUAAAGGUUCACAGUAAUAGCAGCAAGAUAUACACAGAGUGCAGCUGCGUCAAGCCGAAGUAUGCACGGUCAUUGGCGCACUUAUACUCGAACAACACGUCGGCGCACACAACGGAAAUUCCGUCCGAGACCACCGAGCCCGAUGGGCCGCCAUCUUUAGGCACCGCGGUCCCAGGUGCCUGUCCUGUGGAUUGUAUGCACAAAUUUUACGUCUUCCUGGCCGUGGUUUGUCUCCUCAAGUUCAGCGGCGCCACUGGAAGGGCGUCGAACUUCCUGGUCUCCGUCAGAUGCGUCGACGAGAAGGACAAGACGGUGGCAAUGGGUUUUGGAUUAACUAUUAUGAGCUUAUUCGCAUUCAUACCUUCCCCUAUAUUAUUCGGAUUUAUUUUAGAUAAAACCUGCCUCGUUUGGGGAAAGACAUGUUCAGGAACAGGAAACUGUUGGCUCUACAACGGCGAGACAUUGCGAUACCUGCUGAACUUUACCGCAGCCAGCUUCGUAACGAUCGGCACGUUGUUUGAUGUGGGUGUCUGGUAUUUCGUGAAAGACGUAAAGAUCUUCGACGAGGAGAUCGAGCUGAAAGACAUAGCCGAGGAGCCAGGGGAGACACUUUGAAAGUGACUCAUUAACGAUCCGAUCAGAUCGUUUCGUCCCAGAGACGACGGGAGUAAAGGCUCGAACAACAAAAUCGUCGAUGAAUAGGAAUAAAAGGAAAAUAAUAGAAGGGGAGGACGAGAACGGUGGAAAAAAGCGAAAGGGGGAAAGAGAGAGACAUAGAGGAGCAGACGAAUAAAGACUUUACAAGUACCUUAAGCAUCUCCUUAGAUAUUUAAAAGCUCGUAGUACCUCGGAUAGCCAACUUACGGUUGGCUAGUUCGUUCGCGAGGUGCGACAUUCGACAAACGGAAACGAAUUUUAAUUUUGUACUAUCCCUCGUCUUAUCGUCACUCGACGGUGACGUCCUCGUCGUUCGAUCGGGGCGUGCCCGAGAUCGUUUUUAAUGAAUAGGGAAACCUUGUAAAAAUAAUUAUAAGACGGUUCUACAGUAAUCUGAGAUAAUCGGCCCGAAUUAAUCGUUGUUCUAUUGUACAAAGUAUGAUGUGAAAAAAGAACUUAUAACCACUGGUGAAAGGGAGUGUUUCUGUUUUCUUUUUUUUUUUUUUGUACUUUACAUUCAACGAUACAGUGUGACGCGUCUUCGUUUCUUGCGGAUCGUCGAGACUGCGAAAAUAUAUCAUUUAUCCACGUUUUAAUA